GGUUUGCCGUAGGUUUGAGUCUUAGAAUUAGAAAGGCGACCUUAGGGUAUAGCUUCUAAGCUGAGAUUUGUGGAUUAAAAUAACAAUAGCCCAGUGUCGCCUGAAGAAUAGUUUCCUAAAAUCUAACAGAAUUAGCUUUAGAUACCGAACAGAGAAGAUCAUGGCGGCGACAAAAAUGGUGGAUGUCAAAACAAUUUUUUUCCUUUUGUUGUUUCUGACAAUGGCAUGCCAAGGUCUUAUGAAUAUUCCUGUGCGAAUUGGCCAAAGAGCAUCUCUACAAGUUCCAUUGACUCAACUGGAAAAUGGGACUGGGAUUGGUUGGUUUUAUUGCCCGACUAAGAACUGCUAUCCACAUUGGAACAAGCAUUUUUUGGCUGAAAUAAUAUUUCAGAGAAAGGCACGUGUUGAUGAUCCAAACUUUGAUUCCUACCUCAACGGGACUUUGGUCAUCAAGAACGUCCCCCCUAGCUAUGAUGGAAGUUACUUUAUGGCCCGAGUACACCUAAAUGGAACAGGCAAGACCUACACUUAUCAUCUUAAAAUUACCAAAGGGUCCCCAAAACUGACUUUUGUGAGUCCAAAAGAUAUUUAUGUGUAUGUAGGGAUGGACCUAUAUUUAGAAGCUGAAGUAGAAGGUUACCCCUAUCCAUGGGUUUCUUUGAGCCAUGAUCAACAUGUUCUACAGAACAGAUCCAAUUUCAGGUCUUCUAAAAUACUGCGGAAGGUUAAUUCAAACAUCACUAAAGCCGACGGUGGUCUCUAUAUCAUAUGUGCUGGAAAUGCCUAUGGAAAUCACUGUCUUAUCAUGAGAGUUCAUGUGCAAAAUAUCCCUAUUCCCACCCUUCCACCUUCUUCAGGUGAUGUCACGUUCCCGAGGUCAGAUGCUCCAGGUUCUUCAAAGUCUCCUCCACCAGGUAUGUAUGCUUUUUGCUUGGGUUUUCUUUGACAAGGAUUCUUUGGCAUUUUAUCAGUAUUUUUGUUAUUUAUACUUUUUUCUUCUCGGAUUUCCUUUAAAUUUGAAUUUCUUUUCGAUUGCCUGCAGGGAUGAAAGCGUAGUCUUAUUUUUCUGACUCAAUAGAUAUUUCGCUCUACUUUUAUGUAUCAAGCGCUGUAACACGGAAAAAUCGAAACACAGACUUCCAAUAUAUUAAACCUGUUUCGUGAUUACUGACUCAUAGGAUAUUUUAUUGAUAAGAAUAUCCUUAACCCUCGUAUAUAUCCUAUACAAAUUUGCAUAAGAGGCGUGGCGGCACGAGGAUAUCAGUUCGUUACGUGUAUCGAGUGAUGAUAAUUCAGCUCGGCGGAUGAUGAGUAGUUUCUCUUUUAGGGAGAGGUUGCAUCGUUUACUAGCGCUGUUGUAGGGUGAUCUUGAUGAAAGGAUGCGCUAUGCAAUAAAUUGGUAAACGUUAUUUUAUUUAAGAGUCCAGAUAUGUUUGCUGAGUUCAGUAGAGUUUCUGUGUUUUAGGUGUCGGAA